AUGUCUUCCUUUCCUUUUAAAUACACAUUUUGUCAAGAAGAUACGAUCAGAAACAAACAUGAAGACAAAGGGACCCAAAGAGAACUAGUGAAAUCUUUAGUGAACCAAAGGAAAUAUUUAUUAGCAGCUGCGAAUCCAGGAGAAAGCUGCGAAUUCGGAUCUUCAAAAUAUUUUUUACUAUGCGGUUUAGGUGGUAUGAUAGCUUGUGGAUCUACGCACACUUUAGUUACCCCUUUGGACUUGGUUAAAUGUCGUAUACAAGUCAAUCCCCAAAAGUAUAAAAACGUUGGAACUGGAUUUAAAGUAACUAUAAAAGAAGAUGGUAUCAAAGGUCUUGCGAAAGGCUGGGCUCCAACGUUAUUAGGUUAUUCAGCUCAAGGAACGUUUAAAUUUGGUUUAUACGAAGUAUUCAAAGUAGUAUAUCACGAUAUUAUAGGAGAAGAGUACUCUUAUAUUUACAGAACUACGUUGUAUCUAGCAGCAUCAGCUACAGCUGAAUUCUUCGCUGAUCUAGCUUUGUCACCGAUGGAAGCUGUAAAAGUAAAAAUUCAAACAACAGAAGGAUACGCAAAUACUCUUCGGGAAGCGAUGCCAAAAAUGUAUAAAGAAGAAGGUCUAUACAGUUUUUUCAAAUCACUAGGACCUCUAUGGAUGCGGCAAAUACCAUACACAAUGAUGAAAUUUUCUUGUUUUGAACGCACCAUAGAAAUACUCUACCAAUAUGUGGUUCCAAAACCAAGAAACGAAUGUACCAAAGCCGAACAGCUUGUGGUCACCUUCACAGCUGGAUAUAUAGCUGGUAUAUUCUGCGCUAUUGUAUCUCACCCAGCUGAUACUCUGGUUAGCAAGUUGAACCAGAAAAAAGGAUCCUCUGUAGGGGAUAUCGUUAAAGAAAUUGGGUUCAUGGGUUUGUGGGGUGGUAUCGUACCGAGAAUUAUAAUGAUUGGAACUUUGACUGCGCUGCAAUGGUUCAUCUACGAUGGGUUCAAGGUGGCGAUGCGAAUGCCUAGGCCACCUCCACCUGAAAUGCCGGAAUCGUUGAGGAGAAAAUUAGGGAAAUAG